UUGGCUCACAUCAUUCGAUGUUUUUUUGCUGUUGUUUUGUUUGGUCGUUGUUAAAAGCCAUUUAUUUUUUUUCCUAUAGUUUUUUUUAAUUAAAUUAAAUUAAAUUAAAAACAAAAUGUUUCGAUCUAUGAUUACAGCUAAAUCAUUAUUACAAAAUGGACAAUUUCAAACAACCAUAAAACGUACAUUAAAAUGUUCAUCAAUUAAUAAUGUAAAAGUUGGUUUUAUCGGUAUCGGUAAUAUGGGUUCAAAUAUGUGUGCAAAUUUACAGAAAAAUGGUCAUGAAUUAAUACUGUAUGAUCCAAAUCCGAAUGCCAUAAAAGAUUUGAUUGCUGGUGGUAAUGCACGAUCAGUAUCAAGUCCGGCUGAAGUUGCACAACAAUCUGAACGUGUUUUUACAAUGGUACCAUUUCCAACCGAUGUAUUAAAUGUUUAUACUGGUCCUAAUGGUCUUAUUGCAAAUGCACGAAAAGAAACAAUACUUAUUGAUUCAAGUACAGUUGAUCCGGAAACAUCGAAAAAAAUUGAAACCGAAGCAUCAGCCAAAGGUAUAAGAUUUGUUGAUGCACCUGUAACUGGUGCUGUACCGGCUGCACGUGCCGGAACAUUAACAUUUAUUGUUGGUGGCCCAAAAGAAACUGUUGAUGAAUUACGUGAAUUAUUACUUUGUAUGGGUAAAAAUGUUAUUCAUUGUGGUACAACCGGUAUGGGAUCAGUUGCAAAAUUAUGUAAUAAUAUGAUGUUAGCAAUCAGUAUGAUUGGUACGGCUGAAACAUUAAAUCUAGCCAGACGAUCAGGUUUGGAUCCAAAAUUAAUGACCGAUAUUUUGAAUAUAAGUUCAGGACGAACAUGGGUAUCUGAAGGUUAUAAUCCGGUACCUGGUGUUGGAUCAUCAACAACACCAUCCAGUAAUGAUUAUGAUAAAGGAUUUCGUAGUUCAUUAUUGGCAAAAGAUUUAAAUCUUGCACAAUUAAUUUCUGUACAAUCACAAUCACCAACACCAAUGGGUUCAACAGCAUCACAAUAUUAUCGUAUAUUGGUUAAUAAUGAAAAAUAUGCUGAUAAAGAUUUCAGUGCUAUUUAUGAAUUUUUAAAAGGUCAAAAAAAUUGAAAAGUUGUUGAACAAACACACUUUAAAAAUUUUAAAACUCUCCGCUUCCAUAUCAAAAAAUCCAUUUUAAAUUUUUU